CACGCCCCCUCGCCCGCGGCCCCCUCCCCGCCUCUCUCCGCCGCUCCUCUCGCUCCGCGGUCAGAGGGCCGGAGCGAGAAGAUGGCGAAGACAUAUGAUUAUCUGUUCAAGCUGCUGCUGAUCGGCGACUCGGGGGUGGGCAAGACCUGCCUCCUAUUCCGCUUUUCCGAGGACGCCUUCAACACCACCUUCAUCUCCACCAUCGGAAUUGAUUUUAAAAUCAGAACGAUAGAACUAGAUGGAAAGAAAAUUAAGCUUCAGAUAUGGGACACAGCGGGUCAGGAAAGAUUUCGAACCAUCACGACAGCAUACUAUAGAGGAGCUAUGGGAAUUAUGCUGGUCUAUGACAUCACAAAUGAAAAGUCCUUUGACAAUAUUAAAAAUUGGAUAAGAAACAUUGAAGAGCAUGCCUCUUCAGAUGUUGAAAGAAUGAUCCUGGGCAACAAAUGUGAUAUGAAUGACAAAAGACAAGUGUCAAAAGAAAGAGGGGAGAAGUUAGCAAUUGACUAUGGGAUUAAAUUCUUGGAGACAAGUGCAAAAUCCAGUACGAAUGUAGAAGAGGCAUUUUUUACACUUGCACGGGAUAUAAUGACAAAACUCAACAGAAAAAUGAAUGACGGCAAUUCAUCAGGGGCAGGUGGACCAGUGAAAAUAACAGAAAACCGAUCAAAGAAGACCAGUUUCUUCCGUUGUUCGCUACUUUGAUGAACUCUUUCUGAGAGACUGCAGCACACCUAGAGGACCCUUUCCUGCUUCUCUGAAAGCACAGGUCACCCAGCCUCAGAAUCAUCCUGCCUGGCUGCUACUGAGAGCACCACUGAACCUAGACCUAGAUUCUGCACACAGAAUGUGCAGUGGAUUCCAGCCUCAUGGCCCAUCAAGAUAACAGGCUGCUUCUUUCAAACGUGGAAACAAUGAAGUGGAGACACGUGCAGGACUUAACUUGUUUUUCCUCUGUUUUAUUGCGUGUUGCAGAAGCUGCUAUCUUUUUCUUUUUCACUUUGCACAUCAGUUGUUAGCCUUUCCUUGUUACAGCACAAUCUGAGAUUCACAUCUGCACACUUCUGUCUGAUGAGGUUCUAGACAAAUUUGCAUUCGGGAAUGUUUAAAAAAAGAGUAGAACAUUUAAAGCAGAGGUUAAUAUACGAAAAUUAUAGCAUAUUUGGUCAGGUUCAUAUGGCCAAAUGUUAUUGCAUUGAUAGCAUUUAUUUAAGGGCUCUGAUUUUCUUAAAUAGAAGAGUCAUUAAAUUCUGAUAAACUUUAUCUUAAAAAUUCAUAAAAAUGCCCAUCUGCUCAUCAAAGGCCACAGUUUCUUUAUUUCUUCAGAUUGUUUACAGUUUUGCUUCAUUCCUGACUUUUUUGCCAGAGAGUCUGGGUAGCUGAAUAAAUCACUUUUUCAGGUGAUUUAUUGAUUACCUCUGCCUAAUCUAUUGACACUGUAUUUGGAAAUCACUUUAAUGUCGCUUUUCUUGAGUUUUGUAUUUGCUCUUCUUUCCUGUGUUUGACCUAUUAUAAUCACUCACCUAAAACAUAACAUAUUUGAACACUGUUGUCUGUUUCUAAGUGUAAGCUUCUUAAACUGAAAUUUUACAUGGACAGAGAGACACACUAUUUAGGGUUUUAUUUCAGCAUCUAAUUGUUGUUCUGUCACAUCAGCAAACAUAAUAUAUUUUUUCUUAGAUUCACUCCUUAGCUGUUGGUUUAGUAGUAAUGCCCAAUUCUUAUCAUAAUCCCUGUCUGCAAGAAUUAACGAGUUAGAUUUAGACUUAGUUCACAGAACGCUUACCUGUAGGGAUAGAAAUUAAUUUGUGGAUGUAAAUUUCAUAGAGAUAGCUGUUGGUAAUGGUGGAAAUAAUGAUUUUUUUUAAUUUGGGCUUUUUUUUAAAAAAAUAAGAUUAAUUAGACCUAGUGCAGCCUCUAGGAAAAGUCUUGCCUUUUCAUUAGAGCAAAUAUGAGCAUGGUUUCAGUUUUACAACAGCUGUUGUUGAAUGUGUAGAACCCAGUUCCAUCUGUUCAGGUGCAUUGUUGUAGAACUUGGUCCAGCCAUUUGGACCAAAGCCAACCAAAAGACUUAGCUGCCUUUCUCACCAAACACUGGUACUGGUAUGCCUUUUGUAGAUGAAACCGUCACGUGAGAAAAAAAGGUAUUUAGUGUUAACUUAAUGUGCCAAAUUCAUUGUUGUUAUUCUAGCCUUCAGUGUCAUAACACAGAAGGGAGUAAUAAAGAGGUGAUUAGGAAAUAAUAAUUAUUCUUCCUGUUAGGCCUGUUUUGUUUCACAAAGGUUAUCAUCAUGCUUGAUAGUUAUGUCUGGGAGAUGAAAGUGGAAAUGGAUUGCUUGUUACCGCAGAGAAUUCUGCUUCAAAUUAAGAUGUAUCAUUAGAAUACUUGGACCAGUCAACCUUUACUACUUGUUUGAAAACUUAUGCACAAUUUAGUGGCAGGAAAUAUAUACCAGAGCUAUUUUUGAUGGGUUCACUAAAUUUAUUGUUCACAAAUUUCAGUCUCCUUGCUUUUUUCUUUCUUUUUUUUGUACUUACUUAUAGGCUUAAAGGCACCAGUUGGUGUCCCAGUAAAAUCAGUAGUUCCUUGAUCAAAAGUUGACUGUAAGUCUACCAUCUUAAAAUUAGAUAGAUUUCUGGAACAAAAAAGAUAAUUUCUUAGAAACAUCUUGUAUUCACUGAUUUUCAGAAAAAGAUCCCAGCAGUUAAGCUUUCUGGAUGGUAACAAGGUAAUUUCUAAAAGGCAAGUGCUAUGACACCAUGUAUGAAUGUAACUCUCUUAGUAAUUUACCUCCAACUCUUUGGUGUCUUAACACUUUGGUUUAUAUCUCAGGGGUUGUCUGCAAACCAAAACUGACAUAUUCUGUGGUUAGCCUUUUUUUUUUUUUUUUUUUUUUUUUUAAACAGAAUGCUUUGCUUUUGUUUUUUUUCCUUCUCUCUUCUGUUGUCUCGUAUGGGUUAAUAACUAGUCUCCAUGAACUUCCCUUUGAAAGAGCCUAUAAAAGUUAGAUGAGUCUAAAAGUGUUCUUUGAAGUAGCAGCGAACUGGGGGUAUAUACUGUUAUAUAGAAAUAAAUUGUCCUUGCUAUUUUCUUACAUUUAGCUUUGCUAAAUUGUAUAUAAUUUGAGCUAAGACCAUAGGAGAUUCACUUUCUGCAUGGUAAAAUGCCCUAAUAAAUAUUCCACUUUGCUUAAUAAUGUACAUAUAGUGCAUUAUUUUUUCUAUUUGUAGAUGAAUUUAGUGGCAGAUAAUGGUCUGUUCCCUGCUGAAAUCUAGUUUUGUGUGAAGAUUUUUGUGGUUUUAUGGAUAAAGGUACAUGAAGGUUUAUUGCAGCAGUAUUAGUGGUUCAGUGGCUGCAUUUUAUUAUCAGUGUGCUAAUUUUUGACAAUGAUUGGACUAGACCUUUUCAAAUGGAGUCUGAGGGUAUCAGACAAUGAAAAUGUGCUGUAACUAAGUAGCAUGUAAAUCAGUUGAUUGUAAAGCGUUUCACUGGGAACUUAUUUUAGCUAUAUUUUACUUCAGACAGAUUAUGAGAAAAUAAUCCACCUGUGCAUCAGUUAGGAGGUGCUGCAGGGUUUCUUACUAUUUACAUGAACAUUUUGUGCAGUCUUUGUUAUAAAUUUUCAGAAGACUAUACUCUUUACUUUGAAGGACUAUUUUUUAAUUAUACCUCAUUUAGCUAACUAGUAUUCUAAUACCUAGUAGAAAAACAGUGAGCCAGCCUUUAAGUAUCCAACACAAUUUAGACUAUAUGUUUUGUUUUGAACUAAAGGCAUCAUUGGAAAAAGUAGCAGGUAGUUUAGGAUAGAACAUACAUGUCAUAUCCAGUAGCGCAAAAAAAGUAUUAUCUUCCUGUCUCCAUUAAUAAAUUUAGCUGUGAAAUAUAGAUAAAUGUUUGCAGAAAUUUCUAAAUAAGAGAUUAUAACUCCAUUUUACAGGUUCUGAAUGCUGAGAAUCUGUAUUAAGGCUUAUAGUUCUUCCUGUGAACAGUAAGUGAUACGUGUAAGCAGACUUCCUUUCCUAGUUCAUGACUUAGAUUUCUUUAUAAAUUUAGUUCUUAAUCUUUAAAGAUGAGCUUCUAAGCUUAAAAUUUUAAAAUAGCAUUUCAUUAUGUUGGUUUACUUUUCUCUGAUUUUAAGCACUCAUUUCUGCUGUCAGAUUUUUUAUGAUUUUUCUUUUAACAGAUAGGACAUUCCUUUUUCCUUCUUGUUAUAUCCAAAGAAGGGGGUGGGGGAAUGUCUAAAAAUGAAAUUCCUUGUCCUAGAGGGACCUAGAUGGACAGGAUAUACUAAUAAAAUUUCAAAUGCUAGCACAAUUUUACAGUAGAAUUGGUCUUUUUUCAGACUAAUAAAAUUAAUGGGUGUCAUGUUCAGCAUGAAAAAAACUAAAUGAAAUUUACAGAAAUGAAAAUUAGCAAACAACUAGGGAUAUUUUCAAAUUUUACUUCAUUUUUUGAAAUGCUUGUGCCAUACGCAAUUGCAUUUCUUAUUGCCAAGAACUAAUAGAACUUCUUGUUUUAUUUCUUACCUUUUUUUAAAAUGUGAAUUUAAUUAUAAUUCAUUCCUAUGGCCUUACACAUGGGUUUUGUUUAUUUGCAGCUGACACUGUCCCUUUAAAUACUGUAAACUAUUUGACUAAAAUCAUGCCCCUAAUGGGAAAUAUCCGUUUUUUCCAUAGAAUCAUCCUACUGUAAGUUUCAGCAUAUUUUACUUUUGCUCCAAUGGCUUAAUGUGAAAAAGCUCCUGCAGAUAAAGUGGACCUGUCAUGUUGUUACUCUUGUUUAAGCCAAUUCAUUAACUGUGUACUGAUAAUGAUGCUGUGUUUUUUUUAAGAAAAAAUGGAUUUUAUUCCAGGUGAACUUUUUUUUACAAUAAUGUUCGUCUAAAAUAAAAACUACAUAAUGAAAAUA